AGUAUCAACAACAACAACAACAACAGCAAUUAUCCAUUGGUGAAGAUUCAGGUUUUAUUUAUAUCAAAGGAUUAUCAUAUCGUCUUGCCAACAGUGAAGAAGAAGCAUUAAAUUUAUUAUUUGAAGGUGAAACAAAUCGAGCUAUUGGACAACAUGUACUUAAUAAACAAUCAUCUCGUUCACAUUGUAUCUUUACAAUUCUUAUUGAAUGUCGAUCAGUAUUAUCAUCAGAUGACAAAUAUACAGCAUCAAAAUUAAAUCUUGUUGAUUUAGCUGGUAGUGAACGAUUAGCUAAAACAAAUUCUGAAGGUGUAACCAAACGUGAAGCAACAUUUAUUAAUAAAUCUUUAUCAUUUCUUGAACAAGCUGUACUUAAUCUAUCGGAUAAAAAAGCAAAUCAAUCACAUUUUCGAAGUUCAAAAUUAACUCAUGCAUUAAAGGAUAGUAUCGGAGGACGAUGUCAUACAGUUAUGAUUGCAAAUAUUUGGCCAGAAAUAGAACAUUUGGAAGAAACAAUUUCAACACUUCGAUUUGCCAGUCGAAUGAUGUGUGUACCUGCUGAACCAACUGUAAAUGAAGUUGUUGAUCCUGUAAAAGCAAUUGAAAAUUAUAAACGAGAAAAUAAACAUUUAAAAGAAGAAUUAGCAUUACAUGAUACAUUAGCUAAUCGACAUGGUAUUUCAUAUGAUCCAUUAAAUGAACAACAAUUACAUGAAAUUGAAAAUCAAUGUCGACGAUAUGUUGAUGGGAGUGUAGAUGAAAUUCAGGUCAAAAAUAUUCGUCAAGUACAAGCUGCUUUCAAUUCAUUUAAAACUAUUUGUCGAACAACGGAAAAAGAUGUUGAAAAGAAAUAUCGUGAUCGAUUUGUUACUCCCGAUAAACAUGAAUAUGAUCAUCAAGAUAGUCAAAAAAUGUCAAAUGUGAGUCAAGCUACAAGUAGUAUAAAUGGUACUGCUGGUGAACUUGAUGGACAAAAUUUUGCAUUGGGUACAGUUUCAAAAGAUCAACGAGUUAAUAAAGACGCUCUACUUAAAAUGACACGAAAUAAACGACAAGCAGGAGCUAAAUCAUCAACAGGGCAACUAUUAAAUUCGAAAGAUAAAUUUUCACCUGUUUCAUUAAAACCAAUUGGUACGAAUCUUCAACGUAAUCUUACAAAUGACGAUGAUCAACUUGCACAUACUCGAGAAUCAAAUGAAUUAGGGGAAGCGAGAGAUCAACGACCAAGUACACCACCCAAUCGUGCAGUUGCAUUUGAAGAUUUUAAACAAACUCGAGGUUUAAAUUUAAAUAAAAUCUAUUUGGAAAAUAAAGAAAUAUUAGCAUCGAAGAAAAAACAAUUUGCUGAAUUAGCUCGACAUAUAAAUCAAGUCAAAGGUGAUAUUGAUAAUACACGUAAUGAUGCUGAACGUAAAAAACAGGAACGAUUAACAAUGGGUGAAUUUUCAAAUGAAAAUGGAGAAACAAUUAUUGAUGAAGAAGAAUAUGAAUUAAUUGCUAAACUACAAGAACUCAAAAGUUCGUACAGAAAUGAUUAUGAACAAUGGAAAAAUCUUCAAUCAGAAAUCAAUUAUUGUCAAAAUUUAGUUAAUCAAUGUCAAAAUCGACUUCUUCAAGAAUUUGAUAUAUGGUAUAAUGAAUGUUAUUUAAAUGGAAAUAAUACCGGUAGUUUUGAUGAUACAGCAACAAUUAAUAAGCCUAAUAAUGAAUUUCAAGUUUAUGAUGAUGCUGCUGAAAGAUUUAAACGUAUGCAAAAAGAAAUUUUACUUUCCGAUCUUGAUAGUAUGCCAUUUCGACAAGCUCAAAUGAAUACAAAUCGUCGGCAUGCUUUUAAUGCAGCAGCAGCACAAGGACCAUGGAAACAAGCUCCAGCAACAACAAUGACAAUGAAUAAUGGAUUUAGAUCAGGAGGUAGUGAUAGACAAGAACAACAAUUAUUACCACCGAUAAAUGUUAAUAGCAAUCGACAAAAACCGAUGGUUCGAUAA